GGCGUCUGUAAACGAAUUGUAGGGAACGUGCGCGUUCCCGCUGCUCAACGACAAGAUGGCGGUGGCCGCCGGAUCAGGCGUCAAAGUCCCUCGUAACUUCCGGCUGUUGGAAGAGCUGGAGGAGGGCCAGAAAGGUGUUGGUGAUGGAACGGUGAGUUGGGGUCUAGAGGAUGAUGAGGACAUGACACUCACACGCUGGAGAGGCAUGAUAAUUGGACCUCCAAGGACAAUCUAUGAGAACAGGAUGUACAGCCUGAGGGUGGAAUGUGGACCGAAGUACCCAGAGACUCCUCCUUUUGUCCGAUUUGUGACCAAGAUCAACUUAAACGGUGUGCAUAACUCAAAUGGUGUGGUUGACAUGCGGGCAGUGUCCUCCCUGGCAAAGUGGCAGAAUUCCUACAGCAUCCGUGUAGUCCUGCAGGAGCUCCGGCGACUCAUGAUGUGCAAGGAGAACAUGAAACUGCCCCAGCCUCCCGAGGGACAAAUCUAUAGCAACUGAGCACAGAGGCUACUCCUUCAUCUCCCUUUCACCUCUAAAUUCUCUAUUCAAAACGCACGCGCGUACACACACACACACACACACACACACGCACACACACACACACGCAAACACAUUUGCAGAUUAUUCCUGUUCUUUUCCAAGACUUUUCAGACUUUAUCAGCCCUUUCUCUUAAAUGCCAUGUCCUUGUUCCUUCGCUGCAGCUGCCAAUGAGCACUCCGCUGCCGGGUGCUCCCAUUGCACAGAAAAUGUGGAUGCACCGGUGUGCCCAGGCCACCAUGCAGACCAGACAUUACAAUACAAAAUACUGUACAUCUUACUAAUCUUUUUUAAGUCUUUAUUUGUUAUACAUGCAGAUUGUAAAAAUAACAUAAAUGAUAUUAAGUGUAAGUCUCUGUUCUGUGUUCUUCAAAUGCUCAGUGCCACCAAUUUUUGUUACAAUUAAAAUUAGGCAAUGCAUGUUGGGUGUAGAAGGUUGCCACUGAUAAUUUUUGAUUUAAUGUUUUCCUUUAUAAACACCAUUUUAAAGUUAAAGCUACUGGCAGCUCCUCGUUCCUGUAUGGAUUUGGUCACAGAAUUAACUUAAUUAUUGUAUUCAGGGCCAUUAGGUUAUGAAAAUGUUUACAUUUAUCAUCUGUUAUGGAGAUUAAAAUUGAUGUUGGAAGGGAUGGAUAUUUAGCAA